ACAACACACCCGCAAGAGGCGCUCCCAUUGGGGGGAAAAUCACUCUUUUCCAGUUCAAAGGAAACCCAAUCUUCGUUGGCGCCAACAAGUCUGAGACAGAGACCGACAAUGAAAUGUCGUCUCAAAAACCUUCGACUAAUUUUUUUAAACCCCUUCAGAGUGGAGGUUUAAAGCGGUCUUUUUCAGAAUUUAUUGAUGGCAAUAAACCUGUAGAAAUCAAUUUUGCUGAAAAAAAAAACAAAGUUGAUCAAGCUGCUGAAGCAAAUAUUUUUGAGGAGAAUGGGAGUCUUUCACUUGCCCAGAAAAACAGAAUGGUUUUUAAUCAAACAAUUUCAAAAAUCAAAUUACAAGGAAAUAAAACUUGUGCCUUGCAUCAUAAUAUUGGCCACUCGUGGUUUCAAGCCAUUGAACCAGAGUUCAAAAAACCAUACUUUAAGAAACUCAGUGAUUUUCUAGCAUCUGAACGAUCAAAACAUACAAUUUUCCCUCCAGAACAUCUGAUUUGGUCAUGGACUCAUUUCUCUGAUAUUCAAGAUGUUAAAGCAGUUAUUAUUGGGCAAGAUCCGUAUCAUGGAGUUGGUCAGGCUCAUGGUUUAUGCUUCAGUGUUUUAAAAGGUGUAAACCCUCCCCCAAGUUUGGUGAACAUCUUUAAAGAAUUGGCUUCUGACAUUGAUGGAUUUCAAAUCCCUAAUCAUGGAAACCUUAGUGGAUGGGCUAGGCAAGGUGUACUACUACUCAACGCUGGCUUAACAGUGCGAUCCGGUGCAGCAAACUCACAUAAGGACAAAGGUUGGGAAACACUGACGGAUGCCGUGAUACAUUGGAUUAGUGCCAACUGCGAGGGCGUCGUUUUUCUUCUGUGGGGUGCAUACGCCCAAAAGAAGGCUUCGGUUGUUGACAAGAAGAAACAUCACUUACUACAUGCACCACAUCCGUCGCCACUCUCAGCACAUCGCGGAUUUUUGGGAUGUAAACAUUUUUCCCGAUGCAAUGACCUUCUUAUCAAACAAAACAAAGCUCCUGUCAACUGGUCUAAUCUUCCGAUUGAGUGAAAAGAAAACGAGAUGAAAAACUCAGUGCUUACAAUGUUUAAAGUAAUUAAUCAAGUAGUAGAUCUCACCUUUUAUUAUCGGAUGAACAAUGCAAUGAAACCAAGAGUAAUUCUGAUUUUUACACAUAAUUUUAUUCGUGUUUAUUGCUCAAGCAUCAAGUACUGAUGCAAAUCGAUUUGUUUUUGAAUCUCAGCGCCUGGCAAAUAAUCCUGGAACAUGUGAA